GUCGACCCGCCGCGACGACCCACUACCACAAUUCUCCUCCUUCCUCGAGGCAUGUCUUUCCGCUAGUGCGUUUCCCAAUCUGCCCACCUACUCCUACCACGUUGGCCCCCACAGCUGGUCUCCGUCACAUCUUCGCGCCAAAUUGGCAGCUCCGCUCUAUUCUCUGCACACUGAUACGCUCGUAUGGCGGGCGAGAACCGCGGCCCAUCUAACCGGGCACUGUACGAAGCCUGCCUCGCCGGCGCACAGGACCACCCCUACAUCCCUCGGCUACGCUCUGACCCACCACCCUACCAGUUCAUCCCCCAUAGUCUCCAGGAGUUUCGCGCGCAGGAAGGCCCGGAUGAGCGGGACAAGCGGCUUCGCGACCUGUGGUCGCGCCUACCACAACGCGACGGCACCCAUCAUGAGGACGAAGACUCCGCACAGCUGGGUGCGGGAGUAGAUGGGACCACAGCGCUGUCCGACGGCGCACUUACAACGGAGAUGGCGAAGCGCUUGCAGGGGAUGUACGAGGCGGAGUUGCGCUCGCAGUGUGGGGCGCAUACGAGUGGGUUUCUGCAUCGCGGCGUGUCGUGGUCAGAAUUCAGGAAGUACGCGGAUUCAAAGGAAACGGAGCUCUGGCGUAUCUUCCACGAUGAACUGGACCUGGACGGCAAUGGUCGCCUUGAUUCCGAAGAACUCAUGGAGGCCUUGCAGAGAGCAGGCAUUGUACUGUCCUCAUCAACGCUGGCAGAGCUGAUGACAUUCAUGACGUCCUCCGCGCACUCCCAUGCUAUCACUUUUCCGGAGUUCCGAGAUUUCCUCCUGCUGAUGCCCCGAAAAGCGUCGCCAAAGGAAAUAUUCCGGUACUACGAGAUGCGAAAAGUCACAAGCGACGAGGCUAGAGGGGCUGCCCGCGUCAAUAUGGAAGGUGACGUUACUCUCAGCGCCGAAGAUAUAUACCCCAUAGAUCAUACCGUAGACUCCUACGAAGGAGACGAGGAGGGUGAGGAGGAAGAGUUCGACGAGGUGGACCAUCAUAGCUGGUUCGAAGGGUCGACCGCCGCAAAAUUCCUUCUAGCAGGCGGCGUCGCCGGUGCCGUGUCGCGGACAUGCACCGCGCCAUUCGAUCGACUGAAGAUCUUCCUCAUCACGCGGCCACCAGACCUCGGCGGUAUCUCCUUGAGCUCGAAGGCACCCGUCCGGGGCGUCCGGGCGAUCGGCAGCGCUGUGGCGCGAAUAUAUUCCGAGGGCGGCGUGCUCGCGUUUUGGACAGGAAACGGGCUCUCUGUCGCGAAGAUCUUGCCAGAGUCGGCCAUCAAGUUCCUGGCGUAUGAGUCCUCCAAACGAAUGUUCGCGCAGUACCGCGAUCACGUUGACGACCCUAGAGACAUUAGUGGUGUUAGCCGAUUCCUGUCUGGAGGGAUAGGUGGAAUCACCAGUCAACUGACCAUCUAUCCGAUAGAAACCCUCAAGACCCAAAUGAUGAGCAGUACAGGAGAGACCAGGCGAACACUUGUUAGUGCUGCCAGAACAGUGUGGCAAAUGGGCCGCUUUCGAGCAUUCUAUCGUGGGUUGACGCACAGCUAUUCUGCCAUCGACAUGAGCACGUUUGAGGCGCUCAAGCUAGCAUACAUCCGGUCAACGGGGAAGGAGGAGCCAGGAGUCCUUGCGCUGCUCUCGUUCGGCAGUGUGUCCGGUAGUAUUGGAGCCACGAGCGUGUACCCGUUGAACCUCGUCCGGACGCGAUUACAAGCGUCGGGGUCGUCAGGCCAUCCUCAAAGGUAUAAUGGCAUCAUGGACGUCGUUCGAGCUACGUAUGCGCGGGAUGGCUGGCGUGGGUUCUAUCGCGGGCUAUUACCAACCUUGGCGAAGGUGGUUCCAGCAGUAUCAAUAUCUUACGUCGUGUAUGAAUCUAGCAAGCGCAAACUUGGCGUAUAAUCGUCGACUACCUUACGCGUCACUCCUUCUCGGGACAGUCUAUCGUUCUCAUCGUUCUCGCAUUGCUGCACUGUAUCUACUAUCGCACGUAAGUCCAGGAUGUGGGUGGAUAACAUUCCGCAUAGUUCGCUCAUAUCACCAUAGUCAAUAAUUAUUGCUAGAGCUGAAUUGAUCGAAAUAUGAUUCCUGUGGGCCUUCA